GAACUCACCUUAGUGGUAAUUAGAGUGUGUUUUUAUCCGAAAGUGUUCACAGUCACAAAAAUGUAUCACUCAUGUGUAAAAACGAAGCUCGCGAUUUGGGCGCUUCUUGCGUGUUGUGCACCACGUGCUGGAGUCGGCGUUGGCACGGGGGCACUCGUCGGCACUUUUUGGGGUGUUUUGGUCGCGUUAUCGCGUUGAAUUUCGCGAAUCGGGGGAUGUUUUGCGGACGAGAGCGCUUGCCGUCACAAGAUGGCCGGACCUAGGCUUGGUGUCAGUCCGAUUGCUUGCCAACCCCCCUCCCGCUGUGCACGGAACCCCCCGUAAACGUCCAAAGGCUUUCAUUCUCGCUUCUCUGCCUCUCUCCGUCGCACACGGCCCGUGCAGUUACAUCGCGGCCGGAUGCACACUGGAAAAAUUACGACGCUGAUUACUCAUUUCGACGCGUCGUGACGACGGGACCAACGCACGCUGGAGACACGGACGAAGACGACGGCGUCGAGGCGCCGCGGCGAAAAUGUCAAUCACCGGAAAUGAAAUAAAAAUUAUUCAAAGCUUAAGUGGGCACCGAAGUGACGUAACCUCUUGUGACUUUGCUUCCGAUUAUACACUAGUGACCGGAUCCAGCGAUAAAACCAUUCGAUUAUGGGAAUGGGUGCGAGGUUCCGGGUACGUCGAGCGGUCGUAUUCGCCCCUCCGAGGCCACAAGUACCAAGUCACUUGUGUGAGGAUCUCCCCACAGGGGGCUAUGCUGGCCAGUGCGUCGGUUGAUGGUACUGCCAUUUUAUGGAACCUGCAUUCGGGGAUUAAAAUAUACACUAUGGUGCAAGUGAAUGGAGAUGCGAUUCGAGUCUGCAGAUUUGCGCCUGACAGUUCUAUUCUGGUCACAGCGGGAGAUAAUGGGGCUGUAUGCGUCUGGGAUUUGGUUCAUAGGAGUUUGAUAAGAACAAUCGUCGAACACGAGGGCACCACCACAUCCCUCACCUUCACCCCCGACUCCCAAUACCUAAUAAGCGCUUGCUCCUUGGAAGUCCUCAAAAUCUGGUACGUGCAAGACCUAGUCGACACCACAUCCGACUCGUCAUGUUGUCCUGUCGCAAAAUGUGAAAACGCCCACGAUUUAGGCGUCGUCUGUGCCGAAAUAAGUAAAAAAAUCACCACUGAUGAAGACGAUCCUCUCAUAAAACGGUACACAAUGGCCACUAGCGGCAACAGCAACGAAAUCAAAAUCUGGACAAUAACGUCAAAAUCAACCCCCAAACACAAAAACACCAUCAAUGAAGUGGCUGUGGAGUAUUGUGAUAGUUUCGAUGGGCAUAAUUCCUCAGUCACUUGUAUCAGAUACACAAACAGUGGUGCGUAUUUAGUGUCGUCGAGUUUAGAUAAAUUGGUGAAAAUUUGGGACGAGGAGGGGAAUUGUGUGGCGACGCUUCGAGGACAUACAAGAUAUGUGAAUUGCGUGGCAGUGUCAAAAGAUUGCCUUUUGGCGGCCUCGGGUUCCACAGGUUCGAAUGAUAAACUUAUACUAGUAUGGGAUUUGACCGGUAAUUUGACCACUGAAUCGGAAUUGGUCAAACCACUACGGUUGUCAUUUAAUUCAGUUGGAACAAUACCAGAAUUCCAAUUAAUGAGGAACGCCGAAAGUAACGACAACGAAGUGAAAUUAUUGGAAAAAAUUGACGAUGUCUCAGAAGGGGCAAUUAAUUGUUGCGCAUUUAACAAUAGCGGUAUUCUGGCCACGGGUUCAGGUGAUAAAUUAGUAAGACUGUUUCGAGUAGUUGAGGAAAAUAACAACGUCGAAGAACUCAACUACUCACCUUUGGAGGGCCAUACGUACCCAGUGAAUUACGUGGAGUUUUCCAGGGAUGGCUCAAAAUUGGCGUCGUGUUCCCUAGAUGGGGGCACCAACAUUUGGAAUUCAGAGACAGGGGAAAAAAUCGCUUCACUGCCUGAAAACAGCCUAAGCCUCAAAGUGUGUCGCUUUUCCCCUGACGGAAAUUUCCUUAUAACAGCGGGUGACGAUGAAAAGGCCACAAUUUGGGACUCUGAGUUCAAACCAAUUGCAACUCUUGAAGGGCACUUGGACGCUGUAACUUCGGCCAGUUUCACCCCUGACGGUGCUAUAAUCGCAACAACGUCCUUUAAUGCGGAUUUCCGGUUGUGGAAAAAUGACAGUUAUGAAAGCAUCACAGUAAAAGAAGACGCUCAUGAUUACGGGAUACAAAGUUGCGACUUUUCGCAGAAUUUGGAACCAGUUCCUAAUAAUAUUGUUGACGUUCAAAGUUACCUUCUUGGGACUUGUGGGAAUGAUGGUUUUGUUAAAUUAUGGAGGAUUUCGUUGCCAAAAAAAAGCGACGAAUUGGAGUUUGAUGAAAUCGAAAUCAAGGUUUGGCGAGUGUUGCGGGGCCAUGGGGGCAACGUAAUUUGUGUGAGAUUUUCGCCAAAUGUGAGCGAAAUUAUAUGUUCGACAGCUACGGAUCGACAAGCUAGAAUUUGGUCGGUCUAUAGCGCUGAAUGUCUUUAUGUCCUCGAUCAUGAUUCGAUCGUUACAGCUUGUGCUUUCAGCAGUGAUUGUUCCUUAGUUGCUACAGGUUGCAUAGAUAAAACUUUAUGGCUGUGGAAGAUGCCUCAGCAAUUGGUGUUUAGGACGAUAGUUGCGACAAAAAUCCAGUGCCGGACUAAAGCUCUAAUCGACUGGUCCACCAGCGACGUCAUCAAAUGGCUCAAAAACAUGGAUUUGGGAGAUGUGGUCGAAAAUGCGCAAAAUACGUCCCUGGAUGGGCAGAAAAUUUUGACACUUAGUGAAGAGCAAAUUUGCUCGGGUCUAGAAUUAAGUGAAGAACAAGCCCAGAGACUGAGUCGAGAGCUCCGCUGGUUGAAACAAGACGAGCUCCAAAUUUCACAAACGAAAAAUUGCGAAAUUCCGCACGAAUUUUUGUGUCCCAUCACCCAUGAAAUAAUGAGAGAACCGGUUACAUGCAGUGAUGGUUUCACGUAUGAAAAAAAUGCAAUUUGUGAAUGGUUCAUGUCUGGAAAGUAUUCAAGUCCUUUAACUAACGAAAUUUUAACGAACACCGAAUACACUUACAAUCACGAGUUGAGAAAUUCGAUACAUUCGUUUUUGGAGCAAGAUGAUUAAACACCAGGGGACAUAUCACCAAAAUUGCUGUAGUGCCUUAGGUCUAUCUGCAGUGCCACGAAAACUUCAUUUGCUGCAUUAUCAAAUUUUCAUUUUUUUCAAUUCUUAUGAGAACAAAAAAUUGUAGUGCUUUUAUAUUCCCCAAGUUAACUUUUUAUAUUUUUCGACGACACUACUUGGUGUUUGAUUGCGAUUUCAGAGGAACUAAAGUAGGUACAAUCAGCGUAGAAAAGAUUGUCCUCCUAAUAAACCACAACAAUAAAUCUUUUCUAUUGUAAACGUCAUUUCUUAUUCAACAGCAUAUUUAGUUUGAAGUGAAGCUUAGUUGAGUAAGUGACAAUUUAUUUUAAAAAAUUUACAACUUUAUACUGUAACUAAAAAUUAAAUUAAAAAUAAUUAUAAUUGAUGAU